UACAGGCAGUGCUGUGUAGAGAGGACUCGAGGCUAGACAACGAGAACCUAGACAACAAGAUGUCUUCCGCUCUUGGCAGGGCCCUUUCGGUGGGAGCACGGGGUUUCCCUGCCGCGGGGGCAGGCAGGAGAGUGGGUGAAGUGGCCGCGAGGGGGAGAGGAUUGAAGACGAACCCUCACGUCGAGGAGUGGAUGGGUAAGCGAGAAAUUUCGGAGAAGACGUUCACGUUUACGCCCAAGGUCUCCCUCGGACUCCUCAUGGCCAUCGUCGUGUUCCCCGUGGUAGUGUACGGGAACAUCAAGGCCGGUAUGGAGACCAAGGACGCUAAGGAGGGCCGGAAACGAGAGUACUUCUAAGAAGCGAGAGUGCUGCUCAGAUGCGAGAAUGCUCUAAGAAGCCAGAGUACUUCUAAGCCAGAGUAUUUCGAAGAACACCAAAAAGCUGUUGUCCGGGACUCAGCAAGAAAAGAGCUACGUAGGUGAUGCUUCUUUUUGGUCGGAGGACGAAGGAUUUUCCCAAGGAUUGGCUGCGUUUUUGAGGUUCGUUGUGGUGGUGCCCACACAAGUGUGGCAUGCCAAACAACGGGAUACCGCGUUUCGGAAGAAAACAGAGGGGUGGGUGGGAAGGGGCUUUUGAAGAAGCUUACGAACCCCCCCCCCUCCCGGUCUCCUCUCUAUCAGGGUGAAGAUUUUUACAGGAUGAGCUAGAGAGCUUUGAAAAGAUAACCACCGCCGUGUUUUUUUUUGUUUUCGUGCCUGUGAGAAUCUGUCUGGUGGUCGGGACCGCGUUCUGUGCAAAAUGCCGCUGUGUUCGUUCUCGAGCCCCAACCAAAUUGUCUUGCUGUAGUGGGAGGAAGAUGGGAACAUCUUGCCGCACGAGUAUCUGCUCCCGCGGGAAAAUGCGGCGAGUUUUCCUGCUCCGUCCUAGCAUCUCGUAAGCUCUGGUUGUGCGAGACGUUUCAUUUUGCCAGUGCGUGGGCAUACGCGCAGAGCACGGAGAUGUGCGAAACGCCGGUUAUCAUUCUUUUUUCUCCAC